AUGAGUUCUGCCAAUGAAGCCAUGUCAAAGCGGACAUUAUUAGCUGCUAUAGCAGAUGAAGAUUCAGUAACGGGGUUAUUGUUAGCUGGUGUCGGGCAAAUUUCGAACGAAGAAGGCAAAGAAACCAAUUUCUUGACUGUCAUACCUGGUAAGACGUCUGUUGAAGAUGUGGAAGAAGCAUUCGAGAGGUUUACUACCAAAAGAGACGACAUUGCCAUUCUCUUGAUUAAUCAACAUAUUGCUGAUUUAAUCAGAUACAGAGUUGAUGGUUACACCAAUGCAUUCCCGGCCAUUCUAGAAAUCCCCUCUAAAGAUCAUCCAUAUGACCCUGAAAAGGAUUCUAUAUUGAAGAAAGUAAGAAGAUUAUUUGGUGAUAACUAA